AUGGAGGAAUCAGCACCAUCAGGGGCAGCAGACUCGGGCGAAAUGGCUCAUGCGAUACCGCCAUCGAGUAAUGUGGGUGGACCAAAGAGGAACAAGAUCAGUAGAGCGUGCGAUGAGUGUCGUAAACGAAAGGUUCGAUGUGAUGGCGCACAGCCUUGUUUACGUUGUCAAAAGAGCAAGACUGAAUGCGUAUUUGUCAAGGUGACGCCAAAAAGAGGUCCUCCAAAGCAAUACGUUGAAACUCUUGAGCCCCGACUGCGUGAUUUGGAGCAAGUUCUUCGUGCAUUACAACUCGAUACUGAACCAUACGACGCGUCUCUUGUAUUGCAACGUGAUUCAAAUGAGAUGACCUAUGCAGCUGAUUAUUUACAAGCAUCAUCAUUACAGCAGCAUCAACAACCCCAAUCAGAUACCAUGCGAGUGGGAGACACGGGUCAAGGAUUAUACAUUUAUGAUUGCAUGACACGUAUCGAUCGUAUUCCAUCCAUCUAUGAAGACUAUUUCUAUGGCACACCACAAGCUCCAGUGUUGCUAGGAGACGUGACAGAGCCUGCACAACCAAAGCUUCAUCCACAAACGCUUGCAGCCACGACCAUUCAGAUGGAUUUGAUUCAACUCUACUUCAUGCAUGUUCAUCCUUAUCUACCGAUUCUCCACCGGGCCUCAUUUCACGCUCAAUUGCAAAAGGCACCCUGUAUCCUUUUACUCAAUGCAAUGUACGCUGUCGCCUCAAGGUGGCAUCCCUCUGCACGAGAAGCCGUUAGCAAUGAUGGUCAUCCUCCAGGGUGGCGUUAUUAUCAGGCAGCAUUCAGUUUGAUUGAUAUUUAUACCGACACACCUCGUCUAUCCACGGUGCAGGCACUGUUGUUGAUGGUCAAAUAUCAGGAGCAUGUAAGAAGACCUGGUUUCUUUUGGCGGACACGGUACUAUUUCCAAAACAUUGUACACAUGUGUCGAGAUCUUGGAUUAUGCAAGGCACUUGGACCUGGAUUUCAACUCGACAUGGCUACUGCAGAGCAACGUAGGCGGACAUUUUGGGCUGUGUAUGCUUACGACAUUAUGAUGAGCACUGAAUUGGGUGCAGAGCCUCAUUUCUCAGAGAGUACUUGCACCAUUGAUUAUCCAAAUCUGCUUCCUGAUGAGACACAGCCUGAAGAUCGUGAAGCAUUACUACAUUUCCACUGGUUGGCAAAACUUGUUCAUAUCCAUGGCAGCAUCUUGCACUUUGUACGCAAAAAAUACACCCGACCAUUGAUGGGAAGUGUUUCCAAUCGUAAGGAAUCGGAUGACAGCACCACGUUCAGGCACCUACAACAGCGAUUGGAAGACUUGGGAACCAAAAUGUCGAGCGUGGUGAAGCCUUCGGGGCAUUCGUAUGCAUCCUCAUUCCAAUUAUUACUCCUCCAUUCAAGUACGAUUCUUUUACAUCGACCUUAUGCUUUGGAUCAGGAAUCAAGUGUAUCACAAGAACGAUGUACCGAUUCAGCAUCUACCAUCACCCAUCUUGUCGAGAACUUGUUGAAUACACGUGGCGUGGAAUGCUUUUAUUAUCCUGUGCGAGGGAUUCAGUAUACCGUGUAUUGUUUGGCAGCUGCUAUUACCGUGCACAAAUGUUUAUCGGAUAUUCAGGGACAUCAGGAAGCAUGCAACAAGUCGUUGGCUGUAAUGCAACAAUUGUUGGAUAAGACACCAGCGACUGAAGUGGAUGCUAUGAGCGAAUCAUUUCAACAACAGCAACAACAACAAGAAUUCUUACAGCAACAAUGGUCACCAUCAGCUAUGGAUACGAGUCUUAGUCCCUCAUCAUCAAGAUCUUCACCCAUCCUGGCAUCAUCAAACGACGUGGUACGAUCCAAAUCAAGACGCACAAGUCUAGCGUCAUUACCUGGUGCUAGUAGUAGCAGUGGUAACAAUGUCACCAAUACUGCAACAAGUAAACGACGUGCACGUGCAGCAUCUCAUUUGGGCACACUCAUCAGCAACAGCAAUGCUACGCCUACAGCUACGACUGCUACUAGUACCACGACUACAACAACAGCCACGCUUGGUCAUCCGCCAUCAGGAUUUUUGCAACAAGGAGGUGUCGUAGCAUCAAGGAAUCCUGUAGCUGAGCAACGCAUGCGAGCAGGAUCGCAACAUCGACUUUCCAUGCCCAUCCUAGGAUACCAAUCAUCAUCACCAUCAUCAUCACAAUACAACUUUUCACAACCACCUUCAGCUACAGCAACAGGCCUGUACAACACCGAUUUUUAUGCAGCCUUGGGUGGUGCAGCUCCUCUUGCUACUUCAAGUAAACCCAGCCCAUUUUACAAGCAGGCAUUGCGUAGCUCUUCCGUUGCCGCUGCAGCUGCGGCACAGCAACAGCAACAGCAACAACAACAGCAACAGCAACAGCACAUGAAUCAACCUUCACCACCACAAUACCAGGGAAUUAUUGAACAGCCCAUGCGAACCGUAUCCACACCUUAUACAAAUCGACAAAUUGCUGCAAGUCAUCGACGCCAUACAAUCUCAGGAACAUAUCAACAGCAACAACAACAACAACCCAUGAUGAGUAGCGUAAUGGAAGACCAUGUUCAGCCAUUGGAGCAAGAAUUGUUUCAUGAUCCACAACAACAAGACAUGUUGAUGGAUUAUCCUAUGGACCCUGGUAUGGCACUUGACCCUUCUCCUCCACAACCCACAACAGGAUCCAUGAUGGAACUCUUACUUGAUCCAGCCACGCAUCAUCCUUUUAUGGAACGAGGUGCUUGA